AUGGUGGCUGACUUCCCUGCCCGAGUGAAAAUGGCUGCCUCCACAUCUCAUCUCUGAAUAGUACUAGACGAGUUUCGAGUAGCCGUGAAGUCCAACUAGGAAGAAGCUGCUCCUCCGCAGCACCACUUGAAAUUGUUUCGAGUGUUGUUGGCUCGGUUGUAGCACAAAAUGAACAUAAUUAGAGAAAAUAAAGAUUUGGCCUGCUUUUAUACAACAAAGCAUUCAUGGAGAGGAAGGUAUAAACGAGUCUUUUCAGUUGGAACUCAUGCCAUCACAACAUACAAUCCUAAUACAUUAGAAGUUACAAAUCAGUGGCCAUAUGGAGACAUUUGUAGCAUCAGUCCCGUUGGAAAAGGACAAGGAACAGAAUUCAGCCUCACAUUUCGUAAAGGAAGUGGUAAAAAAUCUGAAACACUUAAGUUUUCUACAGAACACAGAGCAGAACUUCUUACUGAAGCACUGCGAUUUAGAACUGAUUUUGCCGAAGGAAAAAUCACAGGAAGGAGAUACAACAGUUAUAAGCACCACUGGAGUGAUUCAAGAAAACCUGUAAUUCUAGAAGUGACUCCGGGAAGUUUUGACCAAAUUAAUCCUACAACAAAUAAAAUCCUGUGUUCUUAUGACUAUAGAUAUAUUGAAGGAUUUGUUGAUCUGUCUGAUUAUCCAGGAGGGUUUUGUAUAAUUUAUGGAGGAUUUAGUAGAUUACAUUUAUUUGCUUCUGAGCAAAGGGAAGACAUUAUUAAAAGUGCAAUCGAACAUGCUGGCAAUUACAUUGGCAUCUCCUUGAGAACUCGAAAGGAGCCUUUAGAAUUUGAGCAGUAUUUGAGUCUUCGUUUUGGGAAAUACAGCAGUGAUGAAUAUAUUACAUCUUUAGCAGAAUUUGUGGUCCAAAAGAUAUCUCCAAGGCAUGCGGAACCAGUGAAACGGAUAUUAGCUCUUACAGAAACAUGCCUGGUGGAACGUGACCCAGCUUCAUACAAUAUUGCAACACUAAAACCUUUAGGAGAGGUAUUUGCGCUAGUAUGCGAUUCUGAAAAUCCACAGCUUUUUACCAUAGAAUUUAUCAAGGGACAAAUCCGAAAAUACUCUUCAACAGAGAGGGAUUCACUGUUAGCCAGUUUGCUGGAUGGAGUAAGAGCAUCUGGUAAUAGGGAUGUUUGUGUGAAAAUGACACCAACAGAAAAAGGGCAGCGGUGGGGUCUUUUGAGUAUGCCAGUAGACGAGGAAGUUGAAAGCCUUCAUCUAAGAUUUUUGGCAGCACCUCCAAAUGGCAAUUUUGCAGAUGCUGUCUUUAGGUUUAAUUCUAACAUUUCAUACAGUGGAGUUCUGCAUGCAGUCACACAAGAUGGUCUCUUUUCCGAAAACAAAGAAAAGCUAAUAAAUAAUGCUAUAACAGCAUUACUGUCCCAAGAAGGUGACAUUACAGCAUCUAUUGCAGAACUUGAAAGCCAGUUCCAAGCUGUUAGAAGAUUAGUUGCCUCCAAAGCUGGAUUUCUUGCUUUCACACAACUUCCAAAAUUUCGAGAGCGCCUGGGUGUAAAGGUAGUAAAGGCUCUUAAAAGAAACAAUGAUGGAGUUACCCAUGCUUCGAUUGAUAUGCUUUGUGCCCUGAUGUGUCCUAUGCAUGAUGACUAUGACUUGAGGCAAGAACAGUUAAACAAGGCAUCACUUCUUUCUUCAAAGAAGUUCUUGGAAAACCUGUUGGAGAAAUUUAAUUCCCAUGUGGAAUAUGGAACAGGUGCCCUAGUUAUUAGUUCGCUUCUGGACUUCCUUACUUUUGCACUUUGUGCUCCUUAUAGUGAAACAACAGAAGGGCAGCAGUUUGAUAUGCUAUUAGAGAUGGUUGCAUCUAAUGGAAGAACCCUCUUCAAGCUCUUUCAGCAUCCUUCCAUGGCCAUUGUGAAAGGAGCUGGACUGGUUAUGAAGGCAAUAAUAGAAGAGGGAGAUAAAGAAAUAGCAACUAAAAUGCAAGAACUUGCUCUCAGUGAAGGUGCCUUACCUCGCCACUUGCAUACCGCUAUGUUUACUAUAAGCACAGAUCAAAGGAUGCGUACCAAUAGGCAACUGAGUAGACAUCUAGUGGGUCUUUGGACAGCUGAAAAUACAACUGCUUUGAACUUACUGAAGCGUAUCUUGCCAUCAGGUUUACUUGCUUACUUGGACAGUAAUGACCCUGUUCCAGAAAAGGACUGGGACCGGAUGCAUAUUAGGGAUAACUUAAAAAUUGCAAAUGAUCAGUAUGGGAAGUUUAAUAAAGUGCCAGAAUGGCAACGACUUGCAGGAAAAGCUGCUAAAGGGGUUGAAAAAUUUGCUAAAGAGAAGGUGGAUUUGGUUUUGAUGCACUGGCGAGACAAAAUGGGAAUAGCACAAAAAGAGGAUAGAAACAAUAUGAACCUCAAUCAGAAGCCAGUAAUACUGAGAAAACGAAGGCAAAGGAUAAAAAUACAAGGCAACUGGGAUCUCUUUUAUUACCGAUUUCUCCAAGAUCACGCUAGAUCCAAUUUGAUCUGGAAUUUCAAAACAAGGGAAGAAUUAAGAGAUUCCUUAGAGACUGAAAUGCGGGCAUUUCAGAUUGACAGAGAACUUGGCAGCACCAAUGUCAUAUCCUGGAAUCACCAUGAAUUUGAAGUGAAAUAUGAAUGCCUGUCAGAAGAAAUUAAAAUAGGGGAUUAUUAUUUGAGAUUGCUUUUAGAAGAAGAUGAGAGUGAGGAAAGUGAAGCAAUAAAAAAAUCGUAUGAAUUUUUCAAUGAGUUGUAUCAUCGUUUUCUGCUCACUCCUAAAAUAAAUAUGAAAUGUCUCUGCUUACAAGCCCUGGCUAUUGUAUAUGGUAGAUGCUAUGAGGAGAUAGGUCCAUUUGGUGAUACUAAAUACAUUGUAGGGAUGUUGGAAAGAUGCACUGACAGACUGGAACGGGACCGGCUGAUAAUAUUCCUUAACAAACUGAUUCUUAACAAGAAAAAUGUUAAAGAGCUUAUGGAUUCAAAUGGUAUCAGAAUCCUUGUGGAUCUCCUUACUCUGGCCCAUCUUCACACAAGCAGGGCAACAGUACCAUUCCAAAGCAAUGUUAUUGAAGCAGCUCCAGAUAUGAAAAGAGAGAGUGAAAAAGAAUGGUAUUAUGGCAAUGCAGAGAAAGAGAGAAGAGGUCCAUACAGCUUUAAUGAGAUGCAGGAAUUGUGGACAGAAGGAAAACUGACUUCAAAAACACGUUGCUGGGCCCAAGGCAUGGAUGGAUGGCGACCAUUGCAAGUUAUUCCUCAGUUGAAAUGGUGUCUACUGGCCACUGGACAAGCUGUGCUAAAUGAGACAGAUCUGGCUACACUUAUUCUCAACAUGCUUGUCACAAUGUGUAACUAUUUUCCCAGCAGAGAUCAAGACAAUGCUAUUAUAAGACCUUUACCCAAGGUGAAGAGGCUUCUCUCAGACAACACUUGCCUUCCCCAUAUCAUUCAGCUUUUGCUGACUUUUGAUCCCAUUCUUGUUGAGAAGGUUGCCAUAUUACUCUUCCA